GACAAACCAAUUCGAUGGAGAGGAUUUCAGUGCUUUCUGUCUCUUUGGAGAAAGCUGUGAAUACAUCCGGUACGUACUCCUCACCAGGGCUAGGCGGUAAUGCACCGACUCUAACCAGAAGUAGCAGUAGAAGAAGAGCUACAGCCGUCUCGUUAAAAAACAGGGACUUUUCCAACCGGUUGUUUUCAAAACAUAUUUUUUGUAGUGCUGAUAACAUACUGGAAUUUAAAAUGGCUAAUCGGCUAGCCUGGUCAGAAAAAAUACUCCAGCUCCUCCGGCGAAUGAACAACUUUUAUUCCGCAGAGUCCUGUCGAGCUAGCUGCUAUAGGUUCGUAAUAGACGGAGCACAAGUUGGUUGGAUUCUUCCUCACGUAGCUUCUCUGUUGACCCGGUAUCCAGAGGUGUUCAACCCGCCACACGGUGGCGUAGUGUCCCUUUGUCACAAUUUGGACUCGUACCAUAGCAGGUCUGAGGCUGUAGAUGCUGUUCUGAAGGAUCUUAGACAGGAGGCUGCUCUGACCUGUCUGACAGGAUGGAGAGAUGAGAAGUACAGCGUGAUGCCAAAAUUCUCAGAUAGUCCUUUGAUGUGGAUGGAAAGAGCCGCUACAAGUCUCUUUGGUGUGAAGCGGUAUGGAGUUCAUAUCAAUGGUUAUGUCGUCAGUGGCAUUGGGGAGGUCAGCAUGUGGCUAGGACGACGUUCCCACAGUAAGCAGACAUAUCCUGGACUACUGGACACCGUGGCAGCAGGUGGUCUGGCUGCUCAUGUUGGCAUCAAAGAAACUCUAGUGAAAGAAUGUCUGGAGGAAGCAUGUAUCCCAGCAGCCAUUGCAGAGGAGGCUCAUCCUGUAGGAACAGUCAGUUACACCUACAGUAAUGAAGAGGGUGUAUUUCCAGAAAGCCAGUUUGUCUUCGAUUUGGAACUUCCUUUGGAAUUCAAGCCCAGAGUUGGGGAUGGAGAGGUGCAAGAAUUCUACCUCCUGCCCAUAGAUAAGGUGAAGGAACUGCUGGCAAAUGGUGACUUCAAACCAAAUUCUGCCAUGGUGGUUUUGGACUUCCUUAUCAGACUCUCAUUCAUUGAGCCUGACACAGAGCCAUGCUAUCAGGAAUUUGUGACAGGACUCCAUCAGACUUUGUAGACUACAGCUGAGGACGAAAUCCACUUCUGACUUGGAGCGAUCGCUUGGCACUGGACCUUCGAAACACCGAUCAUGGAAUUGAUUAGCUGGUCUCUCAACGCGAUUGACAAGAUUGUCGCCACAAAGAGCACAGGCCUAGGGGAGCCUACCUGCUGGGAGUUUCGCCUCUGGUUACGUGAUCGACGCCUGGGGAAAGUGGAAGGGGAUCAUGUGCCUGGCACCCCUAUCCGUGGAGGAUAUGGAAGAUGUUUUUAUAUUCGGAUUUAUGAUGACAGGCCUGCUGAUAAUUGGCUUGAUCGUGGGCCUGAGCUUCUGAAAAAUUAGAAUGGCCGUAUAUAGAAACGACGUCCAAACUCUGCUGGUCUUUGCAAACGAUUGAAUCAAGGCUGCUGGUGACGAACUCAAACAUAAGAUGAACAAUUUGCUUGUUGUGACUAUUGAUUUGAGUCGCAAAGUGGAUGCCAUCAAGGUGAGGAUCACCGCUGCUGAGGUCUAAAACAGUUGAGAGCAGCCAGGGGGAAGGUGAAAUUGCUCCUCUCCCCCGCCUAAACAAGAAGGAUACUGAUAACAUUCUGGCACCCCUGGAACGAUAACAAACUCCUCUGGAAGUUUUCAUGGCCAAGAGAUAGCUCUCCUAAACCCUCCCCACUUUCUCAAGGACACCUGUUGACUUCUGGACUGGUCCAUCUGAGGACGUCUCCAUAGCAACCUGCUGUGUUAUCGCGUUUCCACCCUUGCGAACUGAGACACUGGGGACUGGGACGGAAGGAGAUUGGCUAUACGCAUACACACACACACUCAGACUCAUGAACUGAGGACUGAGCUCACAUUCACUCACACGUGCCCUUGCCCCCUCCAAGCCGCCUCACAAGCUUCCCUCUCGUGCACAGUGGGCAGGAAUCCCGUGCAUGCAGCGCGCCGCGCUAUGGUGCAGCAGCUGUAUAGGAGACCAACUACUGGGCUGAGCCCAGUACCCUUCAUCCUAUCCCAGUUAACCUUGUCUAAUGUCAUGCUUUGUCUGUUGCGGGUUUGUUUGUUUUUUUCAGGUCAUUCUCAGAUUGAAUUUCCCAUCCUCGGAUGUUUCAUUUGUUUAACGAACCUUUUUUUUCAUUUUACCCUCUCCCAUCCCUACCCCGAUCCCAAAUGUCUUUUUCUUUUUUUUUCCUUUCUUUAAGACAGACACGGUGCUGCGGCCCGAGCUGCCAUUGGCAGGGCAGCUCAAAUGAAAUUUCAUUGUAUAUGAAAGUGUGCAAUGACUAUAAAGGUCUGAUUGAUUGAUUGAUUGAUUGAUUAUGUUUAUAUUUUAGAUCACUCCAAGUAGCCUUAAUGACCCUUUGCACACUGCUGGUAAUAUGUUAACCAGCUAAAUGAAGAUGGAAUCUGGAUUGGAUUUCAGUAAAUGUGAGCCUCAUCAAAUCAGCUGUUGGUGUUUCCAUCCAUCCAUUCUCUAUACACCGCUUUAUCCUCACAAAGGUUGUGGGGGGUGCUGGAGCCUAUCCCAGCUGACUCGGGCAAAGGCAGGGGACACCCUGGACAGGUCGCCAGUCUGUUGCAGGGCUAUAUAUACAGACAGACAAUCACACUCACGGGCAAUUUAGAGUAACCAAUUAACCUCAGCAUAUUUUUGGACUGUGGGAGGAAGCCGGAGUGCCCGGAGAAAACCCAUGCAUGCACAGGGAGAACAUGCAAACUCCAUGCAGAAAGAUCCCAGGCCCACCCUGGGAUUUGAACCGGGGAUCUUCUUGCUGCAAGGCAAAAGUGCUAACCACUACUCCACUGUGAAGCCUGCUGUUGGUGUUUCUUACUUCUAAAUACAUGUGAGGCCAUGAGUUGAGGGCUGAGGUAGUGUUGGUAUACAGUCAAAAGCCUUAUUCAACCAUUCUACCGUAACUAAUCUAUAUUAUGGCAAGAACCACUCAACUAUGCAACAAGAGUCUAUUGUUACUUGAAGACACGAAUGUCAGUCAAUUUUCAAUAUAUCAAGAAUUUGAAAGUGUCUAAAAUGUCAGUCAGAUCAAACUCUGCCUUUCAUGAGGACUGCACCAAGACGAAGAGUUCCCUCUGCUACAGAGGGGAAUACAGUAGUUACUGGCCUCAGAAAUAAACAAUUGCAGCACCUCAGAUUAGAGUCUACAUCAGUGCUUCGCAAAGUUCAAGUAGCAUACUCAUAUCAAUGUCAGUUGUUGGUAGAAGACUGAACGAAUCAAGUUUUCAUGGUGGAACUGCUGUGAAGAAACCAUUAGUGAGGGAUAGCAAUAAUUAGAAGAGAACUUCUUAGACCAAGAAACACAAGAAAUAGAUAUUUGAUCAGUGGAAACGUGGACUUCGGUCUGAUAACACUAGUUGUGAGGUAGUUAGCUCUAGCCAAAUUGUGUGCAGAACUCGCUCAGGAACUGUCAGAAACCGCCACUUGCCAGACUCGAGUGUGGCAACUUGUAUCUCAACUUAUGCUGUGGACAAAAUGUGGCUACUUGGUACAAGGUGUUUGGUUUUGUGCAGGAGCGAACUUAGAGAAAUAUUAAUGUGGUGACAAAGGGGUGACAUACAUUUUAGGUGGUGGCGUGUGUGUACAUAUAUGUGUAAAUGUAUGUACAAUAAUGUGUGUGCUUGCACACACAUUGUCCCUCCAUGGAUAUGCCUUCCCACACCAUUACUGACCCACCACCAAACCAGUCAUGCUGAACAAUGUUACAGGCAGCAUAACGUUCUCCACGGCUUCUCCAGAUCCUUUCAUGCCUGUCACAUGCGCUCAGGGUGAAUCUGCUCUCAUCUGUGAAAAGCACAGGGCACCAGUGGUGGACUUGCAAAUUGCUGUGUUCUAUGGUAAAUGCCAGCCGAGCUCCACGGUGUCAGUCAGCGAGCACAGGGGCCACUAGAGGACAUCAGGCCCUCAGACCACUCUCAUUAUAUCUCUUUCUGAUUAUUUGAUCAGAGACAUUCACACCAGUGGUCUGCUGGAGGUCAUUUUGUAGAGCUAUUGCAGUGCUCAUCCUGUUCCUCCUUGCACAAAGGAGCAGAUACCUGUCCUGCUGAUCGGUUGAGGACCUUCGACAGCCCUGUCAAGCUCUCCCAGACUAAUUGCCUGUCUCCUGGAAUCUACUCCAUGCGCUUGAGAAUGUGCUGGGAGACACAGCGAACCUUCUGGCAAUGGCACGCAUUGAUGUGCCAUCCUGGAGGAGUUGGACUGUCUGUGGAACUGUAGGGUCCAGGUAUUGCCUCAUGCUACCAGAAGUGACACUUACCCUAGCCAAAUGCAAAACUAGUGAAAAACAGUCAGACAAUAUUAGGAAGGAAAAAAAUGUCAGUGGCCUUCACCUGUAAACUCAUUCCUGUUUUGGGGGUUGUCUCAUUGUUACCCCACUAGUGCAUCUGUUGUUAAUUUUAUGAAUACCAAAGCAGCUGAAACUGACUAAAAAGCCCCUCAGGUACUUACUUGACCAGAUCAGUAUCCCACAUGUUUCACUGAUUUGAUGCAAUACUUAGAUUAAAAAAUGUUCCUUAAAUUUUUUUGAGCAGUGUAUAUUUCAGUUAGGCGUGCUGCUGCAGUCUAUUUUUGGGUUGAGAGUUUUCUUUGAAGUAGUUAUUUGUUUGUAUUUCUUUUUCAGCUGGUGUACUAUCGGCUUCAGAGUAAAGCUCGCCUUUUGUUAUGUUUAUUUCCUUGCUGCUGGUAGCACCCAUUUGCUUUUAAUCCCCUCAGUUUUCUGUAUCGUUUUUGUUUCCAUAUCCACCUUUUCAAAAUAAAUCAUCAACUUCCA